AUGCCAACACGAGAUUCUUCAUUGGGCAGUGGGAACUCGAUUUUCCUGUCGAGACGACCACUACGAAGAAGAGCCGGGUCAAGGACAUCGACUCGGUUGGUGGCAGCAAGCACCUUGACUCGGUCGUCACUGCCGAAACCGUCGAGCUGGUUAAGCAGUUCCAACAUGGUUCUUUGUACUUCACGAUCUCCAGAUUUGUCCGAGUCGAAUCUCUUGGUUCCAAUGGCAUCCAAUUCGUCGAUGAAAAUGAUGGUCGGUGCCUUUUCUUUGGCAAGUGCAAAUGCAUCUCUGACAAGCUUGGCUCCGUCUCCAAUGAACAUUUGCACCAGUUGA